ACAUCAAGCCUAAAUAUUUAAUUUGGUGUCAUCACAAAUACUGGCAAAUAAUGUUUGGCCUUGAUAGACCUGUCUACCGACAUGUUUGCUUAGGACGGACCCGUCUGCCAGUAUUUUGGUCCAGGACGCACCCGUCUACCAGCGUGCUGGUCCAUGACAGGCCCGUCUACCGACAUGUUGGUCCAGGACGGGCCCGUCUACCGACAUGUUGGUCCAGGACGGGCCCGUCUACCGACAUGUUGGUCCAGGACGGGCCCGUCUACCGACAUGUUAGUCCAGGACGGGCCCGUCUACCGACAUGUUGGUCUACCGACAUGUUGGUCCAGGACGGGCCCGUCUACCGACAUGUUAGUCCAGGACGGGCCCGUCUACCGACAUGUUGGUCUACCGACAUGUUGGUCCAGGACGGGCCCGUCUACCGACAUGUUGGUCCAGGACGGGCGCGUCUACUGACAUGUUGGUCUACCGACAUGUUGGUCCAGGACGGGCGCGUCUACCGACAUGUUGGUCUACCGACAUGUUGGUCCAGGACGGGCCCGUCUACCGACAUGUUGCUCUACCGACAUGUUGGUCCAGGACGGGCCCGUCUACCGACAUGUUGGUCCAGGACGGACCCGUCUACCGACAUGUUGGUCUACCGACAUGUUAGUCCAGGACGGGCCCGUCUACCGACAUGUUGGUCUACCGACAUGUUAGUCCAGGACGGGCCCGUCUACCGACAUGUUGGUCCAGGACGGGCGCGUCUACUGACAUGUUGGUCUACCGACAUGUUGGUCCAGGACGGGCCCGUCUACCGACAUGUUGGUCUACCGACAUGUUGGUCCAGGACGGGCGCGUCUACCGACAUGUUGGUCUACCGACAUGUUGGUCCAGGACGGGCGCGUCUACCGACAUGUUGGUCCAGGACGGGCGCGUCUACCGACAUGUUGGUCUACCGACAUGUUGGUCUACCGACAUGUUGGUCCAGGACGGGCGCGUCUACCGACAUUUUGGUCUACCGACAUGUUGGUCCAGGACGGGCGCGUCUACCGACUUGUUGGUCUACCGACAUGUUGGUCCAGGACGGGCGCGUCUAUCGACAUGUUGGUCCAGGACGGGCGCGUCUACUGACAUGUUGGUCUACCGACAUGUUGGUCCAGGACGGGCGCGUCUACCGACAUGUUUGGUCUACCGACAUGUUGGUCCAGGACGGGCGCGUCUACCGACAUGUUUGGUCUACCGACAUGUUGGUCCAGGACGGGCGCGUCUACCGACUUGUUGGUCUACCAACAUGUUGGUCCAGGACGGACCAGUCUGCCAGUAUUUUGGUCCAGGACGCACCCGUCUUCCGACGUGUUGGUCCAGGACGCGCCCGUCUACCGAUAUGUUGGUCCAGGACGGGCCCGUCUACCGACAUGUUGGUCCAGGACGGGCCUGUCUACCGACAUGUUGGUCUACCGACUUGUUGGUCAAGGACGGGCGCGUCUACCGACUUGUUGGUCUACCGACAUGUUGGUUUAGGACGCACCCGUCUACCAGCAUGUUAGGCGUGGAUCCCCUAUGAAUCGAUUUUUUUGUGUGGAGGAGAAACUAAACUGGAAAUCUAAACCCUCUAGUAUUCAGCUAACUUUAUCAGAUUUAAUAUAUUGAUUAUUUAGAGGAGUCAGUUACAUUUAAAGAGUUUAUUUUGUUGGCAGGUUUGCUAAUAUCUGUUACCUUUUUGAUUGCUUUAAUCAGGCUUCAUCUUCCUAAUUUGGGGGGGGACUUUGGUUAAAGAAAAAAAGUAUUAAAUUCCAUUCAGUUUAUUUAUGUAGCUCCAAUUCACGUC